AUGGAUGCAGAAGCAGAAGCGACCUACUAUCGCCCUUCCCUCACGGCGACGGUUUCCGGUCACAACUCGCGUCUCGUCAAGUUCAACACGUCAAACGACACCCAGGUUGCGUCCCAAUUCCCAUACCUUGCUUAUAGAGAAUGGGGCAUCCACGUCAAGGGUAUGGGCAUCCGCUUCAGCGCGAAACAGCUCACUACUGCUGAGGAAGUCAUCAAACGCAAGAUAAAGGCCGUCAAAGGCGCGAAAGUCUAUCUCAGGGUUUUCCCUGGUAUUCUGGUUUGCAUCAACCUCAACUUGAAGGUACAUCUAGCUGAGCUAGACAGCACUUUUACAAAGUCUGUUCGUCGACUUUGA